UUUCUAGUUGGUUAGUUAGGUAGUUAUUUAGUAAGUUAGUUAGAUUCAGCCGAUGACGUGUUUCGAAAUGAACAUUACUAUAUUGUGACAAUUAUUGUGGAGACAAAAGAGUUUGCAAGAUAAAUUCAACUUUGCCUUUGGCCAUGUUCAUUUGACUUUCUCGUGUAUUUUGCAAGAUGUAACCUGACUGACUUUGUAGGCUACUUCCUCGUCAGCAACAUAGAGACGUGAAAAAGAAAAGAAAAGAAAAAAAAACAGGGCUUUAAAGUGUUUGGGUCCAUCUCGGUGGGAGGGAUCUUGGUGCUAGAAAUGUAGGUGACGUGCAAGGGCUUUCAGGGGCUGAACUUUCCAAGAGCGCAGCCUCACAGACGAGAGCGCAUCUCUUCCUCUUGACACCUGACGGGCGUCCUCCAUUCUUCUUAGACCAGAGAGGAACGGAUUUUUACAAGAGAGAAAGCACAGUAAAUUAAUAAAAAAAAAGAGAAGUCUGCUCAAUCUCGGAGGACAUCAACAGCGACAGGUAUUGUGGAUUUUGAAGAGAUGGCACUGUCGUUUCAACGCAGGUGCCUGCUGUUGCUGUGUUUGACAGUCAUCCAGAGUGGCCACGCUGCCGUCCAGACGUGCAUGGAUAAGCACCAGGUGGUCGGGGUGCUCCGUCAGAUGGAGAAGUUCCUGAAGGGCCAGGAGAUGCGAUUCACCGAGGGUCUCAGGAUCAUGAAGUCGAAGCUGGCGACGCUUCAGAACUCUGUCUCCAAGUUACCACAAGCGGACCAGUCAGCUGCUUCCACCACCUCCUGCCCCUCCCUGGAGGCCCCGGCUCAUGGAACCAAGUUUGGCUCAAAGUAUCUUGUCGGACAUGAGGUCCAUUUUACUUGUUCUCAGGGCCACCAUCUCGUCGGCACCCCCACGCGCGUUUGCCGGGACAAUGGCACCUGGACCGGCACCAGUGCCACCUGUAAAGAUAUAAGUGAGUGUGCAAGUAACCCCUGCCAAAAUGGAGGCACCUGUGUGGAAGUGGUCAACCAGUACAAAUGCACCUGCCCCCAGAACUGGAGUGGCUCCCACUGCCAGCACCAAACUCAGACAGCUCCGCCUGAGUGGAGCGUUAUGAACGACCCGGCAUUCAGCCGGAGGCCACGCUGUGCCCAAGUGAACCGAGCCCGACACUGCAGCUGCGAUGCAGGCUUUCACAUGAGUGGCACCUCUGACAACAGUAUCUGUCAGGAUGUUAAUGAGUGUGAAGUGUACCGGCUCGACCAAGGAGGGAAGCUCUGCGUCCACGAGUGUGUGAAUGUCCCAGGCUCGUACCACUGCUCUUGCCCCAGCGGCUACAAGUUGCUCCCCGAUGGGCGGAGCUGUGAGGAUGUGGACGAAUGUUUAAGCCAGCAGCACAACUGUAGCCGAGGGACAACUUGUAUCAACACGGGGGGAGGCUUUCAGUGCGUCAACCCAGAGUGUCCCCGUUCUCAUGGCAACAUCAGCUAUGUCAAGACGUCUCCCUUUCAGUGUGAGAGAAACCCCUGCCCCAUGGACAGCCGCUCCUGCCACGUGGCUCCCAAGACCGUGUCCUUUCACUACCUAUCCCUGCCCUCCAACCUGCAGACUCCCGCCACGCUCUUCCGCAUGGCAACCGCGGCCGCCCCUGGGCGCACGGGGCCGGACAGCCUGCGUUUCGGUAUAGUGGGCGGCAACUCCCGGGGCAUCUUUGUCAUGCAGCGUUCAGACAGACAGACGGGUGAGCUGAUCCUGGUCCAGCAGCUGCGCGGGCCACAGGAGAUCAACAUUGAUGUGGACAUGUCCGAGUACAGCGACCGCACCUUUCAGGCCAAGCAUGUGGCCAGGGUCCACAUUCUGGUUUCGCCUUACAACUUCUGAGAGCGAGGUUUGAAAAGGAGGGAGACUAGAGACAGGAUGGUGAAGAGCAACAACAGAGGGUGCGUAACAGGCACUGGUUUGACUGUUUCGUCAUCACCUACCAGAAAGUGUAUUUGUCUGAGCUGCCAGUCGCAGGCCAAACUAGAAUGGUAGAGCACAUACCUCCGCCAACGCCCAACAGUCCCCUAGAAUUCAAUCAAGCCGCACCAAUUUGUACACACUCAUAGAUAUCAGUCCCCUAAAUAUGCCUGAUUUUUUUAUUCCCUUUGAAAACAGUGAAUAUUUUAAAAAACAAUUCCCUAUCUCGCAAUGUUAAAGAAAGUAAUAAAAAUACUCAGUUUUUACCAUACCCAUGCCAAAAUAUAUUGGGUUCUCUCCUGGCCCAUCCUUCCACCAAGUUUCGUGGAAAUGUAUUCUGUAGUUUUUGCGUAUUCCUCCAAAAAAUGAUCCAACCAACCAACAGGGUGAAAACAUCACCUCCUUGGCGGAGGUAAUUCCUAGAAGAGUGAGAGAGUGACAUGCCGAUAUUCAACAGUUAUAUUAUGAAUGUAAAAAAAUAUAUGGCAAAACACAUCAUAGAAGCUUCUUUAAGUAAUCGUCAGUAUGAGCUAUGACUGAUGACGUUUGACUGAGUGAGUGUGAAUGCAUGAAAACUAGCAAAACAAAAGCAUAAUGAACGGGUUGGGAGGGAUGGACGGCUCUUUUUGUCAACGCCGUUGCUUCGUGUUUGUAUUUCUAUGUUCAUCACAGAUCUGAGUAGCUCAGGGUCGGGCCCUGGGGAUGAUGCACUGCCCUGGCUUUAUGAUGAUAAACCCCUGCAAGACUUUAGUGCUCCUGUGGCUCUAAUUUAUUAGAAAUAUUGUUGCUGGUCGUUGACAUUGUAACAUACUGUGUGCCACAAGUUUAUCUUCAAUUAUAUAGUGUAUAUUUGUUCUUGUUUCUUUUCUUUUCUUUGUACUUUAGGCCUCAGUCAUUAUACUAAGGGAGUUUUUUUUUGUUUUUUUUUUUACAGUAGAUGCAGCAUUGCACCAGGGCAUAUUUCUUCUAUUACUCUGUAUGUUACCCAGAAAUAGUAUCAUAUUCUCGUAUUCUAAAUCAUAGAUGAUUUGGCGAGCCUGCCAACGCGCUACAUAAUUUAUCUGGAAUUUUAAUUGUCUCUGCAAAAACCAAAUAAAGCCGGUCCAACGUUUCA